CAUCAAUCGGACAUCUUUCCAGUUCUUGUUUGUGAGUCGUGCACUCUGCGCCACACUGCUCCAAUCAGAAAGGCCAAGACAGUCCAGCAACAAUGGCCUCCACUAGGGGCCUGCAUUUACCUAUCACGUAGCGGUCUGAAUCGCUAGUGGUGGGGCUGUCCCAACGCGAACCGGUAAAAACUCCACCGCACGGGAACUCUGGCUGGGCAAGGGGCUAAUACUUGAGGAGUAUGGAGAGCUGGCUUGCUGGCAUGGAUGGAUGGUAGUGGCGCUUUUGAUUUUUGCUCCACAACAACGAACCGCCAAAUCCAGGCCAUGAAGUUUUAGGGGAGGGAGGGUCUUUCUGGGCACCUCGAGUCGCCUGUUUGUUGUGUCCUUCCAGUGCCAAUUCUUUCACCAUCACCCGACGACUCCGAUCGUCCAAGGCCAAUUGCGUGCCUUCUGCAGCGCGCCGAGCACCUGCGAACCUGCGACGAUUCGAUUGACGAAUAAAUAAAUAAAUAAAAAUAGUUGAAAAAUCGAAACCAAAGAUAAAAAAAAACACAAGUACCAUUUCAUCAACGAGAACGGACGCAUCACGACAGACGAGGCCCGCCGCAAUCGAACCCGAACCGAUACCGAUUUGUUGCAAACCCGUCAACGCCAAGACCUGCCGACCACGCCGGCAACGAGGAGGUGGAAAGGAAUGACGGCCGCAUAGGCAUUGGGACAACCCACAGGUGAAGUCAUGGCCGCGGCCGUGGGAAACCUUGCGACCGCCAUCGCCGCGUCGUCAUUCACCCCCAGCGCCGGCCUGGCUCUGCCCUCGGAAUCCAUCCGUGCCGGCCUUGGGCACAAUUCGACAGUCGACGAAGGUGCCGCAUCAAACACGGACCCAGCCUCCCCAGCAUCAUCUUUCAAGCCAGUAUCGCUGCGUUUUGUCCCGUCGAACUCGACGCUCAAUUCAAACCUGAAAAAGGACAAUUAUGGCGUCCUCAGGGCGUAUCCUCAACCAUUCACCCGCGCCGUCAACCAGAUCCGGGACAUUUCUACUCACAUCACCACAGACUGGGCACAUGCCGACUUGAGCAACUACUCGAACCUGCCGCCAAACACACCACCCCGUGGGAGGAUUCCCAUCGACCAGCCGACAUGCUUCGUCGUACGCUCCGGCAGUGUGACCGAGUCAAACAUGGAACCAAGGACCUUCAACUGCACACAGGCCUGCUCGGAUCCCAGGUUGCUCUUCGAGCCGACAACGUUUGCGACAUGCAUGCAACUGGCCACGGCAUCCCUUUGGAUCGCAGACAACAGGACCAAAAUGGACCCCGCCGAUGAGUACUCACGCAAACUAUCCGAGACGCUGUCCUUCAAGAGCGACCUCACAGACUUCAACGGCUCAUCUGUCAUACAAAACAUGGUAUCAUGCUCCGUUGCCGCGUGUCGUAACAAGGGCAAAGGGGCAUGUAGCGAUGAAAUCAUGGACCUCAAAGACAUCACGGUCCGAACAGACAACCUCUUGCAGAUUGCCACCGCGCUGGCUCGGUAUUGUGACCAUGCAGACAGCGUGGUGAACGAGGAUAUCGCUGGGCCUGGUGUGCUUAUGUCGUACAUCUUCCAGACGGGAAUUGCCUUGCUAUUUUUUGGUCUCGCCAAACUGCUGAGCUCAGUGAUGCGUCCUAUUUUCUUCACAAAGGCGUGGAUCAACAAGGACACGAGAAAGAACGCAUUCAAGCUGUCGAGGGAGAUGCAAAGAACCCUUUCGCUAACGCGAGGAAACGCGGCGGUGAUAAGUUCAAUGAUCGAGUUCCAGGAAGUGCAGGGCUUUUUUGUUGCCGCCAUACAGGUGGCUACGCUGGUAACGUUCAGGUCAACGGAUGGUCCGGAUCUUGGCUCAGUAACGUCUUUGGGAUCCAUUCUUUUCAACUCGGGCCUGGUUCAAGUGCUAGCAGUCUCCGGUGUGCUGCCUGUCCUGCUGGUUCAAUGCUGCCUUCAACGUUCUGGCAUGCGAUGGUGGUACACCUUGGCGAUAUCGUCGCUCGUUUUCAUCCUCGGCAUGACGGUCGACAUCCGUGGUGGCUACAUGCUGCCAGCAUUUCAACGCGUUUUUGAUCACUUCCGCCAGACCCAAGGAGUGUCUGAAUGCGGCGGCAACCCCAGCCCACUUGUUUACUGCACCGGCGACCUCAGAUUUGCGAUUUCAGACGAUCUCGGCCAGAAUAUUUCAUACUGGGUCUACCCAUCUCUACUCAUCGAGCAACUCAGCUGGUGGGGUUGGAGACGGUACGCCAUGGAGAUCAAGGCACGCCGCUGGGAGAAGCGCAGGCCGUGGGCGCGCCUUUUCCGCCGAAGGCUAUGGCCAGGAAUCUGGUUUCUCUAUUGGGUUGCAUUGCAGGUCGUACUGGUGGUAUUCACUGCCAUGUACUUUUAUAACAUAUUCCUGCUCGUGGCCGAAACUACCCUCCUCAACGAUCAGCGGUGGACCUAUGGACAACUGGUUGCCCUUAUGGUAUGGGCACCUAUUCUGGGGAAGUAUCUAUACUUCAACAUCUUUGGCAUCGAGGAAGGAUUUAGUAGACGACUUGCAAAGCACUAUAAGGUGGUCCAUCAAGACUAUCCAGACUCCGAAGACGAGGAAGUGCACGAAUCGGACGACGACGACGACAAUGUGGAGCAAGGAAUAGAGCUUAAGAUCACUCCGCAACAGUCGUCGACGACUCUACCAGGCGUACCUUCGCCCUUGGGGACUGCUUCCGGCAGAGAUUUGGGUGUAACCUCAAGGCCUCCCAGCGAACGAUCUAUGAGCUCGCGCCAUUCGAUAAGAUCCCAGCCAAGUCCUAGUCCUUUGGGUCCCCCAACUGGAUCCACCGCAGUGGCAACACCCACGACAUCGGCACCGCUAGGGACCGUGCCGCAAGAUUCUGACAGGAAUCACCCUUUCCUGGAGGGUUUCGGGCAAGACAACAUCACCAUGGUUGGCGGUAUACCAAUGAUUGUAGAAGAUCACGCCCCGUUUGAUCGACCGCGGGGGGAUGUGUGAGAACAUAUUUUCGGCACAUACAAAUCGCGUCAAUAAUUUACUUCGAGCACCUUUACACACACAAUAGGACACAGAGUCCAUGUACCCCCUCAAGCUUUUUCAACACCUCUCGCUGAAAGUGAUGGAAUAAGCAAAGAGGUCAUCGAAUAUCACCACUCGGUCUGUGAUCUCGCAGUGAAGCCACGAGCACACUGAUGGGCCAUAGUCUCUGCUCAUUAUUACAGCAUGAUGACAGGCUUACGAGAGAUACAGGCAGAAGACGCUCACUGGGCUUUUAAACUACCUGUAACUGACCACACGGAAAUUCGAUAAUGACCUACAACGUCAUCAGGCCUAUCUCAUGGCGAUCUAGUCAAAUCACCAUGACGGCAGCGUUGCUGUACAAAUAUAUAAAUGCGAAUGCAAACACCCCGACCAAGUUAGCUCGAGUCUUCAGCUGGAGAUGAACCCCGUCCCAUGUUACGGUAUAUAGGUCAUCAUUUCGUCCAGUAUUUUUGAAGGAUACUCAAGCGUUCGGCGUCAACGGUCUGGUACACGGGAGAGUAUCAUUGGGAGGAAAACUAAGUAUCGUCUUUCAAAGCGUCAUAUGGGAUCAUGGGCAGGGGAAAUAGGGUUCUUGUAAAUAUAUCAUAACGAACAUAUCACAUAACACGCGCAGGUAGCUGCCAGAGUCGCGGACUAAGAAGAGUCGGGCUACGAACAUGAAUGAGGACAAUAAAAGUGGGCAGGUAGCCAUUCAUCACAAAGUCUCUCUACAGUCCGCCUGAAUGAAUAUGAAUUUCAUGCGUGUGCAGGCUAUUAGGGAUUAUUUUUUUUGUACAGCUUUUCAAUACAUCGAAUCUACCGUGCUUUUGCACCUAAAAACCC